AUGACCGUUUCUGACAUUCCUCUACUUGAAGAAGCGACAAAAACGCCUUUUGACUUAGCCAUGACUGAGCCUUUUUUAUCCGAGGAAAUAUGUGGUUCUGCUUUUCAAAAUGUGAGCGUGACGGGUGCGAGGUACGUUUAUAUGUUACAGAAUCACACCAUCCCUAGCCUGGCUGGUAAACACCAGCUGGAAGACAAGUUAAAAAGAAUGCUGGAUCCUAAAGAGUUUUCGAAAGUUCACCUUAUCAUCGCCGGUGGAUACGACGACCGCGUGAGAGAAAACACAGAACACUACGAGGAACUGCAGAGUCAUGUUCAGAAUUUUUACUUGGGAGAAUCUGUGUCUUUUCUCAAAUCUCCAAGUGACGAUGCCAAGAGGGUGCUGUUCCAUAGCUGUACUGCGGUCCUGUACACUCCAUCGAAUGAACAUUUUGGAAUUGUUCCGUUAGAAGCAAUGUUAUUAGGGCGUCCUGUGCUUGCUUGCAGCAGUGGAGGGCCCCUGGAGACCGUGCUGCACGAACAAACCGGAUUCCUCUGUGAUGCCACUCCUGAAUUUUUUGCUUCGAAAAUGGCUCUGCUGACAAGAGACCGCAGCUUGGCUCGAGAGCUGGGCAACGCUGCUUCAGAACACGUGAAACGGUGA